UUCACCAUUCGGGCACCAAUAGUGUCAAUCCGUGGUCUGUGUGUAAACGGUAGGACGGUUUCGCCCAGCCUUUUCGGUGACUAUCAUCCAGUCAGCCUCACGAGUAAUACGAAAGACCAUUUUUGCUGCUGGACGGGCCGCGUUCGGGAAGCUGUUUGACAUGUUUCCACAGACGGGUGUCGAGAGGGUAUGACAGCAGCAGCUCUUUUUGCGGGGGAUGUCCCCGUCGCAAUCUGGAUACCUGCCGGAGAAACACCCGAACCCAUUGGAUGGGUUUCUCAUCUUUGCAACGCCAUCAAGCACCUGUCACCAACCUUUCUCCGUGGACAUGGCUUCGACUGACAUGGGCGCGCACAACAGAGUCGAUCGCUACAGGUGUCAAAUCGGUGCUAGGAUUAGCACGCGACGACGGCCUACCAAUGCAAGUCAACCGAAGCGCGCGCAGUUUUUCUUUUUCCCAGUCUGCCCUUUUUUUACUUUUUCCCACCCUAGCCGUCACUGGACUCAUCACAUUCCCACCGGUCUGGAACCUCCACAACCUCCUUUUUUGCGAUCACAGCGCGUCGCGCCGAGCAAGUCCGGCACGGCGCGCGAGUGCUAACAAGGAAGGGAGUGGAGAAGAUCGUACCUACAUUCUAUGUAUGUGAACGGAGUAGUCCG